AUGAUUGCUGUGAGAUCUGAUAACCUGUGUGGUGUUCGUCGCCUUCCUGUAGACCUCCGUUUCCAUGUUGCCGUCGGGAGUUCGCAUGACGAAUACCUCGAGGAAGGGCAGCUGCUGAUCCUUUACUUCUUCCCUUCAGAAUUCUAUAUCUGGGAUCAUCGAGUUGAAGGGACCACGGAAAAUCUGCAGCGUGUUUCUUCUGACGAUAACGAACGUGUCGUCAACGUAACGACGACAAAAGAUCAAGGGCUGUAA